UUUAAUCAAAUGGAGUCUCUUAACUUCGACAAAUAUCCAUUCCUUGCUGAACUUGGAUUUGAAAAAGAGAGCUAUGGUUGCUACACCAACGGUGAGUGGAAAUCGGGGGAGGAAACUGUCAACAGCGUCAAUCCUCAUGACAACUCAAUUACUGCUACAGUCAAGCUAGCAACUCCUGAGAACUAUGAAGAGUGUAUUAAGAGUAUGGAAGCAGAGAAGGCAGCCUGGAUGAUGCUCCCAGCUCCGGCAAGAGGGGAGAUAGUGAGGCAGGUUGGGGAGAGAAUGAGGGAGAAGAAAGAUGCACUAGGGUCUUUGGUGGCGUUGGAGAUGGGGAAGGUCAAGAAUGAAGGUGACGAUGAAGUACAAGAAGUCAUUGAUACCUGAGACUUUGCUUGUGGUCUAUCUAGAGCAUUGGAAGGUAAGGUACUUCCUUCAGAAAGACCAGGACAUAUGAUGCUUGAGUGCUGGAACCCACUGGGUAUUGUAGGCGUCAUUACUGCAUUUAACUUUCCAACUGCUGUCUUCGGAUGAAAUGCUUGCAUUGCACUUAUCUGUGGAAAUCUUAUUCUCUGGAAGGGAUCUGAUACAACUCCAUUAGUAUCUAUUGCUACUGCUAAGAUUUUUGCUGACGUCUUAAAGGAAAACGGAUUCAAUUCUGUUGUCAGUCUUUGUCAAGGAAACGGAAUAGAAAUUGGAGAGCUUAUGACCAAUGACAAGAGAGUUCCUCUAGUUUCGUUCACAGGAUCUACUCGUGUUGGAAGAAUCGUAGGAAAUACUGUUAGCAAAAGAUUUGGAAAGACAAUCCUUGAAUGAGGAGGAAACAAUGCAGUUAUUAUCCUUGAUGAUGCUAAUAUUGAAGCUGCUCUUGAAGAAUGCGUUUCCUCAGCAGUUGACACUACUGGUCAAGUAUGAACAUCUUGUAGAAGACUCUAUCUUCAGGAAAAUAUCUAUGAUGAUUUCAUUGAAAAGCUGGUGAAUUCAUACUCAGAUAUCAAAAUCGGAGACCCUUUUAAUGAUGAAACUGAUAUUGGACCUCUCCAUAAUAAAGCUGGGGUAGAAAUCUACAAGAACGCCAUCGAAGAAAUCAAGAACCAAUGUGGAAAGAUAUUGACUGGAGGUAAUGUUAUUGAAGGUGAUGGAAACUAUGUUGAGCCAACCAUAGUUGAGAUUGACAAGGAUUCAGAGAUUGUACAGACCGAGACCUUUGCUCCAAUCCUUUACGUGUUUAAGAUUAAGGAUGUUGAUGAAGCUAUUAAGUUCAACAAUGAUGUUCCACAAGGACUUAGCUCAUCUCUGUUUACAAAUGAUCUCAAGAACUACUUUAAGUGGAUUGGCCCACUCGGAUCUGACUGUGGUGUAGUUAAUUGCAAUGUCGGAUCUAAUGAUGCAGAAAUCGGUGGAGCAUUCGGAGGAGAGAAAGAGACAGGUGGUGGCAGAGUAUCCGGAUCAGAUGCUUGGAAGCAAUACAUGAGAAGAAGCACCUGUACUGUCAACUUCUCUACAAGCUUGCCAUUAGCACAAGGAAUCAAAUUUGAUGUCUAAAUGAUUUGCUCCUUAACUUAA